UAUGUCAGUUUUCGGCGUCGUUUGAUACGUUUACUUUGCUGAAAAUUAAUAUAUAUAAUUUAUGUAUUCAUUUGAUUUAAGAUAAAUUAUCACAAUGGUCAAACUUACAACUGAACUCAUCCAAAGCUCUAUGCAGUAUAUUAAUCCUUGCAGGGAUCGUGAAUUAGACUUGAGAGGAUACAAAAUACCACAAAUAGAGAAUUUGGGUGCUACCUUAGAUCAGUUUGACACAAUUGAUUUUUCUGACAAUGAUAUAAGAAAGCUUGAUGGGUUCCCUCUUCUUAAACGACUAAAAUGUUUAUUCUUCAACAAUAAUAGGAUUGUACGAUUGACAGAAAAUUUGGAACAAUACCUACCUAAUUUGGAGACUCUUGUUUUAACUAAUAACAAUUUAUCUGAGUUGGGUGACCUGGAUCCUUUGGCAACACUACCAAAAUUAAGAACAUUGUCGCUUAUGCACAACCCAGUCGCAAAUAAACAACAUUAUAGGGCAUAUGUUGCUUACAAAUUGCCUGAACUAAGGUUGUUAGACUUCAGAAAGAUAAAACAAAAAGAAAGAGAUGAAGCAAAUACACUGUUUAAGAGCAAGAAAGGCAAGGAAUUACAAAAAGAAAUAACAAGAAAAGCAAAAACAUUUGUUCCUGGUGGGAACUUGCCGGAUCCUAAAGUUACAAACCUUGCACCUCAAGAAAUACACAAAAUUCGUGAAGCUAUUAAAAAUGCUUCAUCAUUGCAAGAAGUUGAGCGUUUAACGAGGAUGUUACAAUCAGGACAGAUACCUGGCCAAAAACCUUUGCAACCACAGAGCCAAUCAAAUGGACAACAAGACGAGGUUGAAGAGAUGGAGACGGAACAAUCUAAUGGUCAGUAAAGGUAUUAAAGAUAUUUAGCGAAAAGAACAGUUAAAUAUGAAGUGUACAUUUUUCCCUUUAUUAUUUUAUUAUUAUUAAGCUGAUUAGAACAGUCAAAACUGCGCAUACAUUGCUCUAAAGGCUGAUACUACACACUGAUAAGCCUUUACAUCCAAUAAAGGGUGCAAGCAAGAAUAAAUUGCCACAUUGGCAAAUCUGAAGACCAAAAUAAUAAAAAAAAAAUAUUUUUU